UGGUUUGCAGCACUACUGAAGAGAAAAUCCAGAGACUGGAUCUGGAACUUCAGUGGUGUGGGACAACUGCCAAAGCAGGUCAGAAUCUUCCUAAGAGGAUUGGAGCAAAAGUCCUCUGGGAAAGCAUUGUUCAACCUGAGCUGCUGUCACCUUAACUUGGCGGAGAAAGAAUAUUUUGGAUUGGAAUUCCGGAGUCAGUCAGGAAACAAUGUUUGGUUGGAACUUCUAAAGCCUAUAACGAAACAAAUUAAAAACCCUAAGGAGAUUCUUUUCAAAUUUAUGGUGAAAUUUUUCCCAGUGGAUCCUGGACACCUGAGAGAUGAGCUGACAAGGUAUCUAUUUGCCCUUCAGAUCAAGAAGGAUCUGGCCCAAGGAAGACUUCCCUGCAGUGAUAACUGUACCGCGCUACUGGUAUCUCACAUUUUACAAGCGGAGCUGGGUGACUUUCAUGAAGAAACAGACAGGAAGCAUCUGGAACAAAACCACUACUUACCUAACCAGGCUGGCUUAGACAGCAAGAUCCUGCACUUUCAUCAAAGACACAUCGGUAAGAGCCCCGCGGAAUCAGACAUCCAACUCCUGGACAUAGCCAGGAAGCUUGAAAUGUAUGGGAUCAGACCUCACCCUGCCAGUGAUGGUGAAGGAACUCAGAUUCAUCUGGCUGUUGCCCACAUGGGAGUGCUGGUAUUACGGGGGAAUACCAAGAUCAAUACUUUCAACUGGGCUAAAAUCCGGAAGCUGAGUUUUAAGAGAAAGCAUUUUCUUAUCAAACUCCAUGCUCAUAUUUCGGUGUUGUAUAAGGACACGCUGGAGUUUACCAUGGCCAACAGGGACGCGUGCAAAGCCUUCUGGAAGACGUGUGUUGAGUACCAUGCCUUUUUUAGACUCUCUGAAGAACCCAAAUCCAGGCCCAAAACACUCUUCUGCAGUAAGGGCUCAAGUUUUCGCUAUAGUGGCAGAACCCAAAGGCAACUUUUGGAGUAUGGGAAAAAAGGCCGGCUGAAGAGCUUACCCUUCGAGAGGAAACAUUACCCGCCUCGAUACCACGAGCGGCAAUGCAGGUCGUCCCCGGACCUCCUUUCGGACGUGGCCAAGCAGGUUGAAGAUUUGCAUCUCGUCUAUGGCAGCGGGUGUUACCGCAACGCAAAUGGAGUGCAUGCGUCGGAACCCACGCUGGACAGCAGGAGGAGGAACUCCACGGUGGAGGUGACAUUCGCAGCUGAGUUUGAGCGCUCCAGACCAGAAGCCCACCAGUCCCAGAGCAGCUCCACUUUUCCUUUCAUUUACCCUCAGCCUGACUUUCACGCUGACCCCGAGCCCGAUGACUUCUACAGGCAGAAGAGCCCCCUCAACUCCUUCCAGAUCAGCUCCAAGUUUGCUGAAGGGAACACGAGCACGUCUUUUGGGAGCACGAGAGGGGCGGCCCCCUCAAGGCAGCAACUGACCUACACGGACCUGCCUUACGUUCCCAGUGUUAGCCAGCGGGUCGACGUUGCCCCUCCCCAAGUCUUUUUUUAUGUGGACCAGCCACCCCAGGUGCCCAGGCGCUCUCCCGCCAUGGCCGCUUUAGGAAAGGCAGCCAAAAGAAGCCCCCGGGUUGCCAGAAUGGAGACCUUUCAGCAUGAUUUUCAGGACAUGGAAGAAACCCUAGCCAGGACUAGCAGUGGGGAAGCCCCCAACGUGGGUAUGGAAGAUGACGAUGGGACUCUGGAAGGUGCCUUUGAGUACAGGGCUCAAGAGCAAACCCCUAAACGGUCUCAUAGCCAUUCCGACAUGAAAACCAUCCGUUUUCCUUUUGGGUCAGAGUUCCAGCCUCUGGGGCCCUGCCCUGCUCUAAGUCGAAAAGCUGAUUUCUUCACCUACAUGUUUGCCCAGCAGGAGUUCCCAGAGGUCUUGAGGAGUCAGAGCGCGGCCGAACAAUAUUUAGGUAGCGAAUCCAGUGACUCGGAACCGGAGAUGCUUCACCCGGACUACUACGCUUUAUAUGACAAGACGGUGAGAUCCCCCGUGGCCAGAAUCCGUCUGUCUUCUGGCAGUCUCCAACUAGAUGAAGCAGAUGAGGAGGCGUCUUUUACUACGCCUGCCACUGACUCAGGCAGGACUGCGCUGAAAACACGCAAUUAUUUUCUAGCGUAAAUGGUACACCCCGCCUUACGAAUACUGCUCUUUCUGGCAAAGUAUUUUCAACCUUCAUCCUCCUUGCAAAGCACCCUGGGUCCCCAGUGGAGCUAUUGCUCCUGUCCCUCCCCUCCCUUCCCUCUCUCUGUUGCAGUUGGGGAAGAACAAAGGGGAUUUUUAAGGUAGUGGAGAAAUUCGUGUGUCCUGCCAUCCCUAGCUCCAACUUGAAAGACAUUUUUUUUUGUGGCUAGAGUAUAAGUGGAGGUUGAGUUCCGUCGUGUUGUUGGUGUCAUUAUUCUACCUUUCUACCUGGGGUUAAUAACUGACUGACGCUGGUGAACAACUCAUGGCUUCCUCAAGAGGUAGGUGUUGACUUGGGUUGCUGGUUAUUAGUGGCGGCAGCAGGAAGAGUCUCUUUUUGAGAGACUUUUGAAGUCUUAAAAAGAGGUUUCUGCUCGAGACUUUGUUCUUCCAGUGCAGUAGCCUUUCUCAAUUCCCCUUUCAAUAAGCUUACUGUGCGUUUAUCUCUCUCACCUCUACUGUCAUCUUUAUUUCCCACUACAAGAAGCAAGACUAUGUGCGCCGCCAUUCAGUGUCUGGCUGCAGUUUGCCAGCCGGAGAGACAGGUAAUCGUUCCCCGCCACAAACACGAACAGUACAAGUCACGGAAGUUUACGGAAUUAAAAUAUUUAUUUUUGUAACCUCCCCAAUAGGGUGAAGGAACAUACACUUUAAAUAGUAAGACUUAAUUAACUACACUGAUAAUGCACGUUACUAGUUGAACUUUGUAAAGCUUCAGAUAACUGUGUUUAUAUGACUUGUUGCUUAUACAAAAAUAUUUUAAUCCGGAACACUCUUGUUUUCAAAAAUGACCUCCAGACUUAUAGAUAGAAAUCGUAAGUAAUUGAGUUUCAGUUACAUAGCAGGUGAAAAUCUUAACAGAAUCAUUUCUUGAACACGAAAACAAGGAAUGAAAAAUAUUUUUUUAUACACUGUAGGCACCAUUGAAAAGAACUUAUCCUUGGUAUACAGGAGAACACUGCACUUUCUGACUCUCGGGUGUCUCGGAUCAAAAGAAAGAAGCCACUGGCGACUUGACUCCCCAGACCUUCACACCUUCCUCCUCCUUAUAUUUGGCAGAUAGGAUAUGCAGGUUCUUAACAA